AUGUGGAAACCCUCAGAUAUACCUGGUUAUUAUUAUGAUCAUACGAAAAAGCGUUACUUUAAAAUUGAGAAUCAUGGAACACCUGGAUUUGUUACGCAAAAGGUGGUGGAUACCUACUUUGCCAAUUCAGAAAUUCAACGUAAAGUUGAUCAAAUGCUUUCUAUCCGCAGGAGAAAAUUUCUGAACAUUCUUCAAUUAUUGAAUCGUCGCGAAACAUCAAAUUCACUCUCUGUUGAUGCUGUAUAUACAUGGCCACACUGUUAUAUUAGAAACAAAAAAUGUAAGCAAACGAUACCAGUAAAAGGACAGAUCCGUAAUGCUUUGGUGUAUUCCAAUAAUAAUUCACUUUACACAAUCAGUUCCAAUUCCCUGACAAUGUUUACUUUCAACUGGGGUGUUUGCGAAUCAGUCGAUAAAAAUAGUAUGAGAUUCGAGUUAUCUGAAACAAGUAAAAUACUUCCCACCCAACUGGGAUGCUUUCGUUUUAUUGAUAUCUCCUGGUAUGUUCCGGGCAAGGAGCUCGCGUUGUUAACUGAGAGUGCAUCGGGAGGUAGCUUGAUAACUCUUAAAAUUGCAGGGGAAAAUCACGCAUUAACUUCACAACUGUCUGUUCCGUUUAAUCCUUCCCUUUUUCGCUUCUGUACGUCAUAUUUAACACCUACAGCUACUGGUAAUCUGCACAAUUCUCGUUCUGUAAAUAUUAUGACCAGAAAUGAAAUAUGUAUAAGCAACUACAAUUAUUGCAUUCCCCUUUAUGUGUCAAAUACUUAUAAUCAGUUGUCCAGACGGAGAAAUAAGGUGAUCUUCACGGCUUGUUGUGAAGCUUCAAUAUGGAAAUCAUUUAAUCCUGUCAAGAAAUGUAUCAAAUCUGUAAAUGGUCGACAACCUCUUAUGUAUGUGGCGGGUGUGUCUGAUUCCAAAGGCUUUCUAUCCUUAGUUGAACCAUCUUUAACUCCUCAUAAAAACAUUCAGUUAAUCAACUAUCAUACAGGUUAUUGGACUACGCUCGCACAACGUAUUCCUACAAAUACAAAUUUAGAAGUAACUAGCUUACAAUGUUUUGGCACAUCAUCUGGUGACCGAUUAGGUCUGAUUGUAGGUCGUCGAUGUGGUCUGAUUGAAUUGUGGGAUGAUCGUUUUCCUAAUAAACCAGUGAUUGAAUACUAUGGUUCAGACGGUUCUACUUUGAUGUCGGUCUCGUCUCACAUCCCACCUUGCCCAGUUAUUGAUCCUGUCUUACAAACAACAAUCGCUAGUCCGUUAUUACCAAAUCAUCAUAUUGGUAUAUGGGAUUUACAUAAAGGUGAUGUAAUUAAUGUCUAUGAAUUAUCACAUCGUUUAUCUCAAUCAGUAUCUUGUGCACCUCCAAUUAUAAUCCACCGGACAAGUUGGAACAAUCAAUAUGGGUUAGUAUGUAAAGGACCUGCACUUUUAGCCCUAGAUGAUGAUUACGUCUACUGUUUUAAUUAA